GGCUUGCGGUGCCGACGUCGCGACGGCGACAUUCCGCUCGUCCGGACGUUGUCCUCCCUGCCGCCCAGCCCCAACCCGGGUGCCAAGCGCCUCCGAAUCGAGCCAAAGCGGAGGCGCCAUGCCUGUCCGAAAAAAAGACGCCCAGCGCGCGCUGUCCUUGCUGGAGGAGUACCAGGCCAAACUGCAGCAUGCUGACGAGUGGCAGCUUCGCGCCUCCAUCCAGAGGGUCAUCGACGUCUUCCAGAGCAGCCUCUUUCGGGCCCUUGUUGAUAUCCAAGAGUUUUAUGAAGUGACCUUAUUGGACAGCCAGAGGUGGGCGGAGUCUACCAAGCCGACGGAGGGCGUGGCUCUCUGGGACUUCCCCAGCUUCCAAAGUGCCACCGUCACCUCCGACACGCUGCCCAGCCUUAGCACCAGCAUCGAGAAGUACCGGCAGCAGGAUGAGGACUCGUCGCCGCCAGAGGAACGGAGCUCUCCGCAGCUCACAGAGGAGGCGGCCGGCGCACCGGAGCUGGUCCAGGUGGCCGAGAAGAACUUAUCCCAAAUCGAGAACGUACACGGAUACGUCACCCAUGCGCACAUCUCCCCCGUCAAGGUGGCCUCGCUGGAGCGCCUGUUUGAUGGCUCGGAUGGGCCGGAGCUCCCCGCCUCCCCCGCACCUCCCUCCCUCUACCCUCAGGGUGACGACGGCCCCCUCCCAUCCUGCUCCUCCAACCCCUACCCCCCCGCCCAGGCCAACCCUCCUCCUCUGCUAGUCGACGCCGACAGCCUGGACACGCCUCCUCACGUCAAUGGCGGCGAGACCGACUACGAGUACGAGGAGAUCACGCUGGAGAGGGGCAACUCGGGCCUAGGCUUCAGCAUCGCGGGCGGCGUGGACAACCCCCACGUCGGAGAGGACCCCGGCAUCUUCAUCACCAAAGUCAUCGUGGGGGGCGCCGCCGCACAGGACGGCCGUCUCAGGGUGAACGACGUGAUCCUGCGCGUGAACGAGGUUGACGUCCGGCAGGUGACGCACAGUCGCGCCGUGGAGGCGCUGAAGGAGGCGGGCUCUUUAGUGCGGCUGUACGUCCGACGCCGUAAAUCUGAGGCUGACCGAGUCGCCGACAUCAAACUGGUCAAGGGACCCAAAGGUCUGGGCUUCAGCAUCGCGGGGGGUGUAGGCAACCAGCACAUCCCGGGUGACAACGGCAUCUACGUCACCAAGAUCAUUGAGGGGGGCGCCGCACACAAGGAUGCACGGCUCCAGAUUGGGGACAAGCUCCUGGCGGUCAACAGCUGCUGUCUGGAGGAGGUGAGCCACGAGCACGCCGUCACUGCCUUGAAGAACACGCCCGAUGUGGUCCACCUGCGAGUGGCAAAGCCCAACAACGUCUUCGUGGCCGACACCGCCGACGCACAGCGCCCGGACGGCUUGUUCGCUCAGCACCUGGAGAAUCAUAUCGGCGCCCCCAUCAACUUGCUGUCUCAGCCCCUCCCCCCGCCAGCCACAUCCGGACGUCACUCGCCAACGGCUAAGGACGCGGCGGGAGAUGACGUGGCCUCAUGGUACCUUGCGCUUUUUCCUAAAAUUUUGUUUCCUAAAAUGUUGAUUGCGCUGUGGCCAAGCACGCAUCUCUGUCCCUGUUCCGGCAGGGAUCCCCGCAGGGUGGUCCUGCACCGUGGCACCACGGGUCUGGGCUUCAACAUUGUGGGCGGAGAGGACGGUGAAGGCAUCUUUAUCUCCUUCAUCCUGGCCGGAGGACCCGCCGACCUCUGCGGGGAGCUGAGGAAGGGCGACCGCCUUGUGUCGGUAAACGGCGUGGACCUCCGCAGCGCCACGCAUGAGCAGGCGGCGGCCGCCCUCAAGAACGCCGGGCAGACAGUUGCCAUCGUGGCGCACUACAGACCCGAGGAGUACGGCCGCUUCGAGGCCAAGAUCCACGACCUGAGGGAGCAGAUGAUGAACAGCAGCAUCAGCUCCGGAUCAGGAUCCCUCAGGACCAGCCAGAAGAGGUCGCUCUAUGUCAGGGCGCUGUUCGACUACGACAGGACUCGCGACUCGGGCCUCCCCAGUCAGGGCCUCAACUUCAAGUUUGGGGACAUCCUGCAUGUGGUCAACGCUUCCGAUGACGAGUGGUGGCAAGCACGCCACAUGACAGCCACCGGGGACGUCCAAGAGGUUGGCGUCAUACCCAGCAAAAGGAGGGUGGAGAAGAAAGAGCGAGCCAGGUUGAAGACGGUCAAGUUCAACCCCAAGUCUCGAGAGCGAGGGCUGUCGGGCGACAAGCGUAGAAAGGGCGUGUUGGCCAGGUCCUUCCUGUUCGGGAAAAGUCGCGACGGCGGCGAGCAGGACAGCAGCGACGUGGAGCAACACGCCACGUCCAACGCCAGCGAUAGUGAGAGCAGUUGCCGCGGCCAGGAGGAGUCGGUCCUGUCGUAUGAAGCCGUCACACAGCAAGAAGUGGGUUACGCGCGACCGGUCAUCAUCCUGGGCCCCAUGAAGGACCGCAUCAACGAUGACCUAAUCUCGGAGUUCCCAGACAAGUUUGGGUCCUGCGUCCCACACACCACGCGACCCAAACGCGACUAUGAAGUGGACGCUCGGGAUUAUCACUUUGUGGCAUCACGUGAGCAGAUGGAGAAGGACAUCCAGGAGCACAAGUUCAUCGAGGCGGGACAGUACAACAACCACCUUUACGGAACCAGCGUCCAGUCGGUGCGAGAGGUGGCCGACAAGGGUAAGCACUGCAUCCUGGACGUGUCGGGCAACGCCAUCAAGCGGCUGCAGGCGGCGUUGCUUCAUCCCAUCGCCAUCUUCAUCAAGCCCAAGUCCGUCCAGAACAUCAUGGAGAUGAACAAGCGUCUGACGGAGGAACAAAGCAGGAAGACGUUUGAGCGAGCCGCCAAGUUGGAACACGAGUUUACGGAACAUUUCACAGCCAUCGUGCAAGGCGACACACUGGAGGAGAUCUACGAGCAGAGCAAGCAGAUCAUCGAGGAUCACUCAGGAUCCUUGAUCUGGGUGCAGUCCAAGGAGAAGCUCUGAACGCAUCCCCCCCCCAAACUCCCCCGAGACCUUGGAUCAUGAAGGGGCGUGGCCGCGCAUCAGCCCCGCCGCUCCCUCAGCGCACCCAGGUGAGGGGGAGGAGUCAGCUUAAUGAAUUUGACUAACGAGCCAGCCAAUUUCUUGUGGCGUGCUUAUGAGGUGGGGCAAAGAGUUGAACCUGGUCCGCUGCCUAUUUUCAUAUAAACUACAAAGUCUAUAUUGAUCCUCAUGAUUAUCACCAUAGAAGAUUGAUCACUUCCUGUCUUAUUUUUCUUUCUUAACCAAAUAAAAACAGAAACAGGAA